AUGGUGCUGAAAGAGGAGAGUCAAGAACAGAAUGAAAUUGAAGAGAAAGAACAGUAUGAGAAACAUCAUGAUUUCAUGACUGGAGAAAAAUCCACAAAGACUGAAAAUACUUCCUCACAAAAAAGAGGGCAUAAGACCAAAUCCAAGAGUUAUUUCACCUGCAGUCAGUGUGGAAAGAGUUUCAAUCAGAAACAAAACCUUGAUGUCCACAUGAGAGUUCACACUGGAGAGAAGGCGUUCACCUGCCAAGAAUGUGGAAAGAGUUUUACACAGAAAAGCACCCUUAAUUACCACACAAAUAUUCACAUUGGAGAGAGAUAUUUUACCUGCCAACAGUGUGGAAAAAGGUUCAUACAUAAACAUAGCCUUGAAGUCCACAAGAGAAUUCACACUGGAGAGAAACCUUACACUUGCACUCAGUGCAGAAAGAGUUUCACACAUAGAAACACCUUUAAUUACCACAUGCGCAGUCACACUGGAGAGAAGCUGUUCUCAUGUGAUCAGUGUGGAAAGAGCUUCACACGUAAAAUAAGCCUUAAUAACCACAUGAGGAAUCACUCAGGAGAGAAAUGCUUUAUAUGUCAUCAGUGUGGAAAGCGUUUCAGUCAUAAAAGUAGCUUCGACACUCACAUGAGACUUCACACUGGAGAGAAACCGUACACCUGCAAACUGUGUGGGAAGAGCUUCUCACAAAUAGAAAAUCUUAAGAUUCACAUGAGAAUUUGCACAGAAACGGACU